UUUUGCACACGUCACUAAUCAGGAAGUGUGCGUCGUGGAGGGACGGCAAAAUCACAACAGACAGUUACUGUUGCUUUGACAGCCCUGUCUCUUUUGCCGCUGAAACACGCUUUCUAUCUUUCGUUAUCGGGAACGGACAUGUCACGAAAACCUAAAGAUGAAUACUACCGUUUUUUCACCGUCACCGACCCACGCACACACGAGAAGGGACACACCGAGUACAAAGUGUCUGCAAGGUUUGUGUCUAAGCGUCACCCGGAAGAUGUGAAGGAGGUGGUCGUGUGGAGGAGGUUCUCAGAGCUGAAGAAGCUCCACGGGGAGUUGGCCUACACUCACAGGAACCUGUUCAGAAAAGAGGAAGAGUUCCCAUCGUUUCCCCGCGCACAAGUCUUUGGAAGGUUUGAUGAAGCUGUGAUUGAGGAGAGGAGAAAAGCUACAGAGGCCAUGCUGCUAUUUACUACCAGCAUACCUGCACUCUACAACAGCCCACAGCUCAAGGACUUCUUCAGAGGCGGUGAGGUCACAAGGCCUCUGGAUGCCCCCCCUCUGUCCACUGCCGGGCCUCUGCCUCCCCCUCUCAUCCCCCUCCCCAAGCGAAGGGCCUCAGACUGUGAACCUGCAGAGGAGGAGGAGGGGAGGGAGGCUCCCACCUUACAGGACCUGGGCACCAACCUGAGUUUAGAGGUGGGAGAAACGGAGGUGGCUGCUGAGGCUUACAGUGAGAUGGGGGGCUCUCCGAGUGAAGAACAAGAGCAAGAACAAGAACAAGAGGAGCUCAGCGAUACGGAGCUGGAUGACCUAAUUCCAUUUCCCGAGCCAUGCCAAGAUGAAAUCGCCCUAUCACAAGAGUCCCAGGAAGAGUUUGACUCCCUGUUUGAUUCUGUGGCAGAAGAUCUCGCUUCAUCCCCAAAAGAGGAAGGGCCUCCUCCUCUGACUGAUAAUGACUUGGCUGUCUUUGACCCCUGCUAUAAACAAGAUAAAUCCAAUUCCUGCACUGACUACUCCGAUUUAUUCUCUCUGCCACCAACCAGUCUGGACGGAGGGGACGUGGGUUACCUAAACCAAGCUGCCACUGAGCUCACAGCUGCAAUGGAGCUGGAGAAGGAGGGAGAGUUCAGUUCUGCCAUCCGCAGGUACAGGACGGCGGUGGAUACACUGAUCACUGGAGUCAAAGGAGAUGCAGAUCCGAUCCGCAGAGAGUCCGUGAUGAGAAGGACCGCUCAGUACCUAAAGCACACGGAGAUGUUGGUGGACAGGCAUUCCUCGCCUUCAAACACUCACACACAGGACUCUUAGAAGCACACACACAUUUCUAUAUAUUCUGUUCACACACAUAUGGUGAGUAAAAGCCUCAAUCAUCAAAUAAAUGUGCAGUUUAUUUGAUCAAAAACAUAAAGUAUGUGCACAGAGUUAGAAAAAUAAACAAAUAAAUAUAUUUAUUUCAAAAUAAAGAGAGGAAAAGUGAAAACUGAAAUAGAUGUUAACAAACAAGAAUAAUUGUGUAAAUCAUUGUAGAAAUACAUUUGUAUAUAUUUAUGUUUUCAGUUUCUGUGCACAUUCAAAUUAAUCUGCACAACUUUUGACUCAUUAAGGCUUUUAUUUCUACUUCUGUUAAAUUACCUCGUAAAUGUAAUCAUUUAUGAGGUAAUUUAUUUACUGAUUUACCCUGUCACACAUAAGGAUCAAAGACAUACAAGCUCAGGUAUGUGACAUCCAUACACGCACAAACAUAAAUGAAGACACACACUCUUGAGGUACACACUACACUGCAGACUGCUACUCUAGCUGCCUUUGUGUAGUGCAUAAUCUGUUGGAUUUAAAAGUAACAUACACAUAUUACUUUAAAGCAUUAAUCUCUCUCUUGUUUGAUUCCUUUCUUUCACAAUGGUUUCUUGUUUAAUACAUUUAUAUGUGUAUAUCAGUAAUUUGCAUUUUGCACAAACAAUGUUUUUGUUAAUAAAAAUGAUCUUAAUUUAA